AUGCUCAAGCCAGGGAAUUGUUGGAGCGUGUACGUGAAUGCCUUGACAAGGAGCGAUUCGAUAGAAGACUGCAUAGCCUGGGCAAGACUGAAGUUUAAAGAUUACUUCUCUAAUCGUGUGAAGCAGCUAACAUUAACAUUUCCUGAAGAUGCUGCCACUAGCACUGGUGCUCCUUUCUGGUCUGCCCUUAAGCGUUUCCCUUGCCCGGUGCAAUUCUCAGCUGUCGAUUCAUCUCACAUUCAAUUUAUACUGUCUGCUUCCAUAUUGAGAACGGUGUCUUUUGGGAUCCCCAUACCGGACUGGGUGAAUAACAUGGAUAAUCCGGCCGAUAUAGUAAAUAAGGUUGCAGUGCGUGAAUUUGAGCCAAAGAGUGGGGUUAAGAUUGAAACACAUGAGAAGGCUACUAACCUCCAGUGCCUCAGUUGA